AUUUCUCUUAGUUGCUGCCAUAAAUUAUACGCUACUCGUCAUUACGAUACUGCAGAUCUUGUCAUGGUAGAAGACCACAACGACGCCGACGCUGGGUUCCACAGUUUGAGCCUAACUAUGGACCUUCUCCAAGUCAAAACCAUGUGUUCUCAGUUUCUCCCAGCCAUUUCCACGCGGUGUGAGCGCCCUCCUUCCCUUCCUCUCUCUCAGAAGCACCGCCUUCGCAGCAUUGUGCCCUUCUCGCUUCCCUGUCGACUUCUGAAAUGCAUUCCUCUCGGAGGACCUUUCGCUCCCCUCCUUCCUCCUCCUCCUCCUCCUCCUCGCCUUCUGAGUCUCCGUCCAAGCCGGAGCCUUUCCAUUCUGGCCGCUCCAGGAGCGCCGAAGGGUCGUGGCUGCUUGCCGGGCCGCGGCUCACGCGGCAGCGGAAGCUCCGGCACGUUACUGACAGCGAGCUUGGGUUGUCGCCCAGCAGAGAGUCCCAUUCGUGGUCGGGGGAGGGGUCUCCGGCCGCGGGCGGUAUCGCGCGCUGGUCCACGUCGGCCGUGCCGCAGCCGCUGCCGCUGCCGGAGUUGUCUUUGCUUCAGAGGCGGAAGCAAGGGGUCCCGAUGGGAGCGAGGUCAAGGGAAUUGAUGAAAGUGGGGGUCAGCAGAGAGGAGGGAGAUGCUUUGAUUGGCGAUCGGUGGUUUGGGAAUUCUUCUGCCCACCCAACUAUGUGGAAGUGCAAAGAUCACACUGCCACUGGAUCAGCUAAAUUUCCCUCUAAUAGUUGUAAAAGGUUUUCUCAUGAUAAAAAUGGCGAGAGUGCUUAUGACAAUUUCAAGCUGCAUUUUCCUGUCAGGAGUGCUCCAACAAGUGGUCCCUCAAGUCCUGUAAUUAGUCCACGAAGAUCACACACAGGGCUUCCGGUGGUCAUGAGGUCAAGGGAACUGAUGAAAGUGGGGCUGAGCAGAGAGGAAGGAGAUGGGAGGGAGGCUUGGAUUGGUGAUCAGAUGUUUCGGAAUUCUUCUGCCCACCCUACUAUCAGGAAGAACAAAGAUUGUACUGCCACAGGAUUAGCUAAAUUUCCCUCUAAUUGUUGUAAAGGGUUUCCUCAUGAUAAAAGUGGUGAGAGUGCUUAUCACAAUUUGAGGCUGAAGGUUCCUGUCAGGAGUGCUCCAGCAAGUGGUCUCUCAAGCCCUGUAGUUAGUCCAAGAAGAUCAAACACAGGGGAUUUCCUUCCUUUCUCAUAUACAGCUCCUCAAGAUUUUCAGGUCAGACCAGGUCUCGAGGUUGCAGUCUUAGAUAGGCUUGCAAGUUGUGCUCCAUGUCUGCCACAUGUGAAAAUAACUCCCAGUCCCGAUCAUUCUCCGUUACAUAGUCCAACACCACAAAGUCCUUGCAUGGGCCCCAAAAAUCCUAGUGGAAUCAUGUUUUCUAUGCAUCAUAACUUGCUUCCAGAGGGUUCUGCAAUAUGGCCUGAAAAUGAUAGUCAUGUCAAUGUCCACCCCUUGCCCCUGCCACCUGGAGCUUUGAAACCAUCACAAGCCCAUGUAGUUCGUCAUUUUCUGGAAGAGCCAAAUGCAUCAUCAAUGAAAACCCAAUGGCUGAGAGGAAGACUAAUUGGGCGCGGUACAUUUGGCAGUGUUUAUGUUGCAACCAAUCGCGAAACUGGAGCGUCAUGUGCAAUGAAAGAAGUUGAUAUCAUUCCUGAUGACCCUCAAUCAGCUGAAUGUGUAAAGCAGUUGGAGCAGGAAAUUAAAGUUCUCCGCCAAUUAAAGCACCCAAACAUCGUGCAGUAUUAUGGCAGUGACAUAAUUGAUGAUCACCUGUACAUAUAUUUGGAGUACGUGCAUCCCGGAUCAAUUAAUAAAUAUGUCCGUGAACGCUGUGCAACUAUCACAGAAUCUGUAGUCCGUAAUUUCACACGUCAUAUUCUCUCCGGGUUGGCUUACUUGCACAGCAACAAUACAGUCCACAGGGAUAUAAAAGGAGCAAACCUGCUUGUUGAUGCAAAGGGUGUUGUUAAGCUUGCAGACUUUGGUAUGGCCAAACAUCUAACUGGACAAGGAUCUGUGCUUUCUAUGAAGGGAAGUCCAUAUUGGAUGGCUCCAGAGGUCAUGCUCAAUACUGCACAGAAAAACACUAAUCCUGAACUUGCUUUUGCUGUUGACAUAUGGAGCUUGGGUUGUACCAUCAUUGAGAUGCUGAAUGGGAGUCCUCCUUGGAGUGAGGUUUCAGGGGUUGCUGCUAUGUUCAAGGUAUUGAACAAAUCCCCGCCUAUCCCAGAAACAUUAUCUUCAGAAGGAAAGGACUUCCUCCGGCUUUGUUUCCGUAGAAAUCCUGCAGAACGCCCAUCGGCUGUGAAGCUACUUAAUCAUCCUUUCCUACGAAAUUCGCAUGAGCAGAAUGUUUCAGUCAGCAUGCAGGCAUUUUCUGGAAUGGCAUUAAGGAGCCCAAGAGACUGGACUAGACAUAAAUCUGACUUGCGGCACAUCUCUCUAGGCACACAGAUGCCAAAAGGGAAUCUUCCUUAUGUCAAGUAUGAAUGCUUAUCAACAGUCUCGCGCUGAAACUCUCAACUCUGCAGCAGCCUCCCAUCACUCUCCUCAUCUUUCACUUGAAUUUCCCCCUAACCUAUCUCAACACCAGUUGAAUUACAAUUCAUAAAUCUGCAGCCCUUCAUAAAUUGUUUCUAACAAUAUGCCCCGUUGAAGUUUUGAACAACCAUCCACGUGCUACUCCGAGGACUUGUGGAACUCAACCUGGGAACAUACAAAUUAUUGCCAGGAAAAUCCGCAUGGAGCUCUACUAAAGAUUUUCAUGUUGCUUCUCAGGAUCUCAGUCCUCUCCCAAAGCUCCCAUGCUAUAGGGCAUUCAUUCCGAUUAUUCACUUUUUAAUGCUUUCUUUUAAAUUUCUAGGGACCUAUUCAUUGGGGAAUCAACUAAGCUGGUCUUAUGAGCAGUUUUCAUUCAUUCUGUUCUCUUUAGCUGCAGAACUCAACAAAUAAAAGAGGUGCAUACUUACUCCCUGUACAGUUCCCCCAGAAACUGUAAGCUGAAAAGAAAGUAAGAGGAAAGGCAAGAGGGAAAUGACUGUUUUCCCAUGUGUACAUUUGCCAAGGAGAAGAUUUUGGAUGAAUUUGUAGAUAUUCUCGACUUGCAGAAAUCGCUUUAGUGGCUUAGCUGUUGUAUUUUUUUUAGGCAAAACAAGCUAAAAUAGGAAACCUAUUUGAGAGGAAAAUUGCACUCUCAAAGUUGGUUUCCCUGCUUAAAGAGAACCCUGUAUUGUCAUAGUUACUGUUUGAAUUAUUGUGGUAUUUAUUGUUGUAGAUUAUAACGCUCUGAUUGUACCAUCAUAGUAAACUUAUGAUGUGGAAUUCACAUGUAUUGCAUACUGUUUUCUGUGUCAAAGUUACCCUCAGCCCUAUAUUAGUGCAUUUUGAUCUGGGCCCAA